AUGUUUAGCACACCAAAGAAAUGGGUUGAGUUAUUCUCUCGUUACAACUCUGGUACCUAUAAUAACCAAUGGACCGUUGUCGAUUACAAACAAUUCAAACCAGGACAAGACAUUCCUAAUCAGGAUAUGCUGUGGAUCCUCGAACAGACGCCCGGAUCCAUACGAAUGGAGGAUGUGACGUGGUUUUUGAAGAAAUACUCCUAUUGGCCUUCCUACAAUGUUCCAUUCAUCAAGGAUAUCAACAUAAUUUCUGGAUUUAGUGAGAAGGCUAGACAAUUCAACUGGUACAAAUGGGGAUCUACUCCAAGAGCUAGGAUUUUUGACAGAGAUCAUCAUAAGGUUGUGGAUAUUGAUAGCCUGACAAAGCUUAUGAGGUAUAAUGACUAUACUCACGAAGAGUUUGCUCGUUGUAACUGCACUCCUCUACCGUAUACUGCAGAGGGAGGAAUUUCUGCUAGAGGUGAUCUAAACACACCAAAUGGCACUUAUGAGGUGGAAAGUAUGGGAUUCCGUGAUCAUGCUGGACUUGACUACAAGGUAAAUAAGCCUUUCUUUUAUGAGAAGUUGUGUUUUAGGGAAGUUUCAUGCGAAUAA